UCUUGUAAGUAGUUUGUCACACAGAAUUAUUUCUCUUGUUACUUCAGCUUUAUUGUGUUUGUGCUCUGACUGCAACCAAGCCAAUGCCACAUGCGAAACAGAUGGCGCCUGUAUGGUCUCAAUAACAAAUGUGAAUGGAAUGAAGCAUCACACCCGGACAUGUAUUCCUGAAGUAAAGUUGAUUCCUGCUGGAAAACCAUUUUUCUGCCUUAGUUCGGAAGCUGUACGCAACACACAUUGUUGCUACUUUGACUACUGUAACAAAAUUGAUCUCAUGGUACCCAGUGGUAACAUAGAUAAUGAAACUUCUUCAAUCUGGGGACCUGUGGAGUUGGUGGCUGUGAUCGCAGGGCCAGUCUUUCUUGUGUUCAUCAUUAUGAUUAUACUAGUUUUUGUCUUCCAUCACCAUCCACGUAUGUACCACAAUCGUCAGCGGCUGGACAUGGAGGAUCCAUCUUGUGAGAUGUGUCUAUCCAAGGACAAGACUCUGCAAGAUCUAGUCUAUGAUUUGUCUACUUCUGGCUCUGGUUCAGGCUUGCCACUGUUUGUCCAGCGUACUGUGGCUCGAACAAUUGUCCUCCAGGAAAUCAUUGGCAAAGGUCGCUUUGGGGAAGUGUGGCGUGGCCGAUGGCGUGGUGGUGAUGUAGCUGUGAAAAUUUUCUCAUCACGGGAAGAGAGAUCGUGGUUUAGAGAAGCUGAAAUCUAUCAAACAGUCAUGUUGCGCCAUGAGAACAUUCUAGGAUUUAUUGCUGCAGACAACAAAGAUAAUGGCACUUGGACACAACUAUGGUUGGUCUCUGAUUACCAUGAGCAUGGAUCUCUGUUUGAUUACCUCAACCGAUAUACUGUAACUAUUGAAGGGAUGAUUAAAUUGGCUCUGUCUGCUGCCAGUGGCUUGGCACAUCUGCACAUGGAAAUUGUGGGGACUCAAGGAAAACCUGGGAUUGCACAUCGUGACUUGAAAUCCAAAAAUAUAUUAGUGAAGAAGAAUGGCACUUGUGCCAUUGCAGACCUUGGUCUAGCUGUCCGCCAUGAUUCUGUAACUGAUACAAUUGAUAUUGCCCCUAAUCAGAGAGUUGGAACAAAACGUUACAUGGCCCCUGAGGUUCUUGAUGAAACAAUAAACAUGAAGCAUUUUGAUUCAUUUAAGUGUGCGGAUAUCUAUGCCCUUGGCCUGGUUUACUGGGAAAUUGCUCGCAGGUGCAACUCAGGAGGUAUUCAUGAAGAAUAUCAGCUCCCAUACUAUGACCUUGUGCCCUCUGACCCGUCCAUUGAAGAAAUGCGAAAAGUUGUAUGUGAACAGAAACUACGACCUAACAUUCCCAACUGGUGGCAGAGUUAUGAGGCUUUGCGAAUUAUGGGGAAAAUGAUGCGAGAGUGCUGGUAUGCCAAUGGAGCAGCACGGCUAACAGCCUUACGGAUCAAGAAAACUCUUUCUCAACUCAGUAUCCAGGAAGAUGUGAAAAUUUAGACUGCAAGCCCUGUCUUGAGGAAAGUGCACAAAAAGCUGCCAUGCAAGAAUUGAUGUGGUGAAGAAGGCCUACCUCGUCUUUGUAUUCAGCCUGCUGCUAUCAACUGGACAGCUUGGCCUGCAGGUGGCCAGGUGAGGAGGAUCGACAUUAGAGACUUCACUCAUUUCCUCAUUUAAGAGUGAAACGCAUCUUUUUUGAAUUCCCUUUUGAGAAGCAUUCUGAGGGGCUUGUAUAGGAGAAUGUCCGUCACAAUAUAACAUUGUUUCUCUUAUGGAAAUCCCUGUAAAUUUGAGUUAUGUGCUGAUUAGGGAAAGCCUUACGGCUUGGGAGAAGAAGAUACUUCCUUGUGGAUUAAAAAGUGUGGCAAGGGGAAGGUUUCGAGGACUGACACGUACACACAGGCACCUUAUGUGCACUUUGUCUGGCUAUAUAGUGGCCCUUUUCUAGCUCAACAGAUCCUAAGCCAGAACUACAGAGCGUGCAUGUGCAAAGGUAUGUGUCCCUUUGCCCUGUAGAUGUGUAUUGUGUCUGCUUGUGCUCCUGUGCAUGUUGAAAAUGUAGUGUGUCCUUUUGUGAAGUGCAGGUGCUAAUUCCCUAUUUCUCACUAGUUGAUAAUUAGCUGUCUUCUUACAGAGUAGGGUUCUGCCCUGCUAAAUAGUAGACUUUUGGGGGGCACUGUACAAAUGGUUCCACUGCCAUUCUUCUCUUUUUUUUUUUUAAAGCAGGGAAAAUAUU